AUGAACUUAGAACGCGAUGCGAAUCUGAUCAUGUCAAUCCUGGCAGAUAUACCUUCUGAAGGUUCCGGUAUCUCUGAAGAUGAAGAUGAGGGGUCUCCUAUUCAGAUUCCCAUAGUAGUUGCUGCAGAGAUUGACGAUGACGAAGAUCCUGAAUUUGACUUGCCUCUGUCAGAUAUCCAAACGUCAGCCAACCCAUCUGAUAUAGUAGACGUACCAGCUCAAGAAGAAGUUUCGAACGAGGUUUCUAGUGGAGUCCAGUCACUAUUGAUGAAAACCAGUGUUCCUGGUAAGGUUUCAUCCUCUCGAAGGACGAGGGAUUUAGUAGUUGAGCCUGCUGAUACUUAA